AGCAAACUUGUCAGCUUGUUCUACAAUAAAUUGGUCAUAACCCGUUACGUGAAGCCGGCGAACUGCUGUCACAUUGAUAUUAUUAUUAUUUUUUUUAUUUAAAUAUUGUAAAUAAAGUUUUUAAAAAAAGUACUUUUAUAAUAUAACUUAAAAAAAUGUGUAUUGAUAGUGAUUUUAGUGUUCUAUAUUUAUUUUUUGUUAUUUAAAUAUUUAAAAUCAACCGUUUCAUUAAAAUUUACUUUAAAUUAAAUGUCGUGGAUAAUUUUAAUUAAAAAUAUUCAAUGAAACUGAUAUAUGCGGACUAAAAACUGAAGAACGAAAUCGAAAAUGGUGUUGAAAGUGACGUUUUUUUUAUUCUUAAUACACCAAGCUGCUACAGCCAGAUCAAUAGGUGAAGACUGUGAACCGAGUGAAGAUAUAUUAGAUGGAACUUGCAAAUUAGUGACCGAUUGUGAAGACGCUUUAAGAUUUAUUAAAAAAACGCGUCAACAUCCCUUUAAAAGAUGUGGAUUCAGCGAGGACCUAGAAAUCGUGUGUUGUCCAAAAACGAUAAUCGAAGUUUUUAACUCAGGCCAAGAUAAUUUCUCUUCAAGAGGUUUUAAUUCUAGUGUGACAAAAGACCCAUUUUAUGGAGAAACAAAACCACCACGGAGAAUUGCUGAUAAAGAAUGUGAAAAAAUAAUUGAAUCGAGUAUACCGCCCGUCGGAUUAUACAUAAUAGGAGGAGAGUUGGCGAAUUUAGGGGAAUUCCCGCACAUGGUGGCACUUGGAUAUAAAAUGACCGAUGAAUACAAAUUUCUAUGUGGAGGUACAUUAGUGUCGAAGACUUUCGUCAUCACGGCUGCUCAUUGUAUUGAUAAUCUCGAGAGAAUCAAACCGAGCAUAGUUCGUAUGGGAGUCAUAGAAAUUGGCGGUAAUGAAUUUAACAAAGAAACGGAUAUACGGAUAGAAGAGAUUAUCAAGCAUCCGGCAUACGUGAGGAGCGCCAAGUAUCAUGACUUGGCUCUGUUAAGAUUAGAAAGACCAAUUGAGGUGUCGGCUACUUUGAAUGCCAUUUGUUUGUACACCAACGAGAAAGAUCCAACUAUUCCAUUGACUUUAACUGGUUGGGGCACAACCAGUGCUACUAGAGACUUGAAAAGUUCCAAAUUGUUGAAGGCUGACGUAUUUGUCGUACCGACGAAUAUAUGCAAGAGAUCAUACCAAAACUGGCUCAAGCUGCCCCGGGAAAUCACCGACGAACAGAUCUGCGCUGGCGACCCAAAUGGGUUGCAGGAUGCUUGUCAGGGAGAUUCCGGCGGUCCUCUGCAGGGUCUGACAGACAGCGACGGCUAUUACCGGUUGGUGGGCGUAAUUUCGUUUGGUCGCGGCUGCGGCUCGACCGAGCCGGGCGUGUACACGCGCAUCGUAAAAUACCUCGAUUGGAUCGAGAGUGUGGUGUGGCCACGUUCGAAUAAUUAGUAUACAAAUAUAAUGUGCAAUAGUUGAGACAUUAUUUAAAAUAUCGAACAUUUUUAAAUGUUUUUCCUAUUAAUUUAUUUCUUUGUCUACGAUAACGUAAUGUAGUAGGUUUUAGGUAUAGUAAUUAAUUUAGUCAUUUUAUUGUUUAGAACUUACAAAAGACUAAACUAAUUUUUAACUAAACAAAUAAUAGAUAUUUUUAUGUGUAUAUACAAUACGCAAUCAUGUACAUUAAUGUAAUUAUAAUUUGAUGUAUAUACCACAUUACCACAUACCACAUUGGACAACAUCACAUACAUUACUCUGAUCCCAAUGUAAGUAGCUAAAGCACUUGUGUUAUGGAAAUCAGAAGUAACGACGGUACCACAAACACC